CCUCUUACUAGUAGAUAGCAUCAGCUGAUGGGCCCGCACGCCCCCCUCGCCCCGCCUACGGACGACAUCACGCCUCCCAUCUUUGCCCUCACCUGCCUCCGGCUCCUGCUGUCCGCCGCCGCCGUCUCGGCAUUCGCGCCGGGCCUCCUCGGCGGCGCCGAGCGCGAGCUGGGCAUGGGCCCGGCGCUCGCGACACUCGCCUCGCCGGUGGUCUACGCCGCGGGCUUCAGCCUGCUCCUUUUCUGCCGCCCGCGCGGCGCGUCCGGCGCCGCGCUCCUCCUCCUCCUCGGCGCCGUGGAGGGUGCCGCCAUCGGCGCGGCCCUCGCUCUCCUCGGCUGGGGUUGGGCCGUCAAAAUGGCCCUCGUAGCCCUUGUGGCAGGCGGCGGCGUGUUCGGCGGCCUCGCAAUCGCUGCGUACCACGCGCCGGGAUUCCGCGAGCUCUCGCUCGCCGCCGCGCUCCUCUGCGGGCUCGUCGGCUCGGGCAUCGGCCUCGCCAUCCACGCCAACACGGUCGAGAUCGUGUGUGCCUGGGUCGGUGUUCUCGGCGGCACGCUGUUCGCGCUGCGCGACAUGCCCGGCGUCCUCGGGCGCGUGGGCGCCGACGAGGCCGGGCUCGGCGCCGCCGUGCUCGGCAUGUCGGCGAUUCUGGACUCGGUCGCGCGCGAUGGCCGAGUUUAG